AUGAGAAGCCCUCUCCCCGAGCGUCCCGCCCCGAGCGCGGAACGCAGCUCCUGGCCCGGAAACUACCGGUCCGAGUACAAGGGAGAGGCGAUGCAUACUAUUCCGGAAGAGUGUGAGAGACUCUUCUGUGACACACUUUCUGCGACUUUCCUUGGUGAGGGGAUCGGUGCGGAACAGGAGUCACUGGGAAUGGGUGCGUUUCAGAACAUUCAGCCAGAGUUUAAGUUCGGACAUGAUCGAAUUCAGAAGUGGGUGGAAGUUUGGGACUAUGCUGGCGACGCAAUCUAUCGUGGCUUUGUGGUAGAUAUGAACGGCGAGCGAACUUUCUUCGUGUUCUUCGAGGAUGGCGCUCUGGCCCACGGCCUUAAGUCUGGGUAA